AUGGCGAUGCGGGGCACAACAGGCGUGUUGCAACUUACCCCUCUCCGCUCCCUGUACGCCACGCCUCCUUGCGCCCCUGCCGCCUGCCCCCGCCGCGCGCCCCAGCUCUACGUGCGCCGCGCCGCCUACGUGCCGCCGAAGCACCACAGCCGCUACCUGGCAGCCGUGCGGCCCCACGUCUCCGCAGAGGGCCAGGCCGCGUACCACGACUGGCUAAUGGCCAGCGGCGCCCUGGCACCCCACGAGGCGGCGCUGCUGCAGUGGGCGGGCCGCAAGCAGCACGUGCGCAUGCGGACGCGCUUCAGCCGCGCCGGCGCCGAGAGGACGUACCGCAGGGCCACGGCGCUCGAGGCGCUGGUGGGCUACCUCCACAUGACUGAUCCGCAGCGCCUGCAGCUGCUCGCCGCCCAGAUGCUAGAGAGCGGCGCGGUGGCGGCCCCUGGGGACGGCAACGGCUCCGCGGCCCCGCCUGGCUCAGCAACCACUGAGGGCUGA